AGGCGGUGGCGGAGAGACGCCGAGCGGGCCGAGUGCGGCCGAGCAGAGCCGGAGCCGGAGCGGGGCCGCAGGAGCCGGGCCGGGUCCGGACGGGCCGAGAUGCCCUAUAAACUGAAGAAGGAGAAGGAGCCCCCUAAGCUUGCCAAAGGCAGCGCCAAGCCCAGCAGCUCGGGCAAGGAUGGUGGCAGCGAGAACGCCGAGGAGGCACAGCCGCAGCCACAGCCCCAGCCGCAGCCCCAACCCCAGUCUCAGCCACCGUCAUCCAACAAGCGUCCCAGCAACAGCACGCCACCCCCCACGCAGCUCAGCAAGAUCAAGUACUCAGGGGGCCCCCAGAUUGUGAAGAAGGAGCGGCGGCAGAGCUCUUCCCGCUUCAACCUCAGCAAGAACCGGGAGCUGCAGAAGCUUCCUGCCCUGAAAGAUUCGCCAACCCAGGAGCGGGAGGAGCUGUUUAUCCAGAAGCUCCGCCAGUGCUGCGUGCUCUUCGACUUCGUGUCCGACCCACUCAGUGACCUCAAAUUCAAGGAAGUGAAGCGGGCAGGUCUCAACGAGAUGGUGGAGUACAUCACUCACAGCCGCGACGUGGUCACCGAGGCCAUCUACCCCGAGGCUGUCACCAUGUUUUCAGUGAACCUCUUCCGGACGCUGCCACCUUCAUCAAAUCCCACAGGGGCCGAGUUCGACCCGGAGGAAGACGAACCCACCCUGGAAGCUGCCUGGCCGCAUCUCCAGCUCGUGUACGAGUUCUUCUUGCGCUUCCUCGAGUCUCCGGAUUUCCAGCCAAACAUAGCCAAGAAGUACAUUGACCAGAAGUUUGUCCUCGCUCUCCUAGACCUCUUUGACAGCGAGGAUCCCCGAGAGCGAGACUUCCUCAAGACCAUCCUGCAUCGCAUCUAUGGCAAGUUUUUGGGUCUCCGGGCUUAUAUUCGUAGGCAGAUCAACCACAUCUUCUACAGGUUCAUCUAUGAGACGGAGCAUCACAAUGGGAUUGCCGAGCUCCUGGAGAUCCUGGGCAGCAUCAUCAAUGGCUUUGCCCUGCCCCUUAAGGAAGAACACAAGAUGUUUCUCAUCCGUGUCCUGCUUCCCCUUCACAAGGUCAAGUCACUGAGUGUCUACCACCCUCAGCUGGCAUACUGCGUGGUACAAUUCCUGGAGAAGGAGAGUAGUCUGACUGAGCCGGUGAUUGUGGGACUUCUCAAGUUUUGGCCCAAGACUCACAGCCCCAAGGAGGUGAUGUUCCUGAAUGAGCUAGAGGAGAUUCUGGACGUCAUUGAGCCUUCGGAAUUCAGCAAAGUGAUGGAGCCCCUCUUCCGCCAGCUUGCCAAGUGUGUCUCCAGCCCCCAUUUCCAGGUGGCAGAGCGCGCUCUCUAUUACUGGAACAACGAGUACAUCAUGAGCCUGAUAAGUGACAAUGCUGCCCGUGUUCUCCCCAUCAUGUUCCCUGCACUCUAUAGGAAUUCCAAGAGCCAUUGGAACAAGACAAUCCAUGGACUGAUCUAUAAUGCCCUGAAGCUAUUCAUGGAAAUGAAUCAGAAGCUGUUUGAUGACUGCACACAACAAUACAAGGCGGAGAAGCAGAAGGGCCGGUUCCGAAUGAAGGAAAGAGAAGAGAUGUGGCAGAAGAUUGAGGAGCUGGCCCGGCUUAAUCCCCAGUACCCCAUGUUCCGAGCUCCUCCACCACUGCCCCCCGUGUACUCGAUGGAGACGGAGACCCCCACGGCAGAGGACAUCCAGCUUCUGAAGAGGACAGUGGAGACGGAGGCCGUGCAGAUGCUGAAGGACAUCAAGAAGGAGAAGGUGCUGUUGCGGAGGAAGUCGGAGCUGCCGCAGGACGUGUACACCAUCAAGGCGCUGGAGGCGCACAAGCGGGCGGAAGAGUUCCUAACUGCCAGCCAGGAGGCUCUCUGACCCCUCACCUCCCCCCAUGGGGCCACAGCCCACUCGGCCCUGGGACGCUGCCCCGGCCCUCCACCCUCGCUCCCUACCGGCUGACUUGGGCAAGGCAGCGCCUCUCUAGCUAGAGAAGGAAGCAGGCGCUUGAAGCAGGGACAUCCAGAGUGUUCCCGCUUCUCCCCAGAGUGUGUUCACGCCUCCCUGUGGCUAGCACAGACAGACAACCUGGGGAUGCCUGUCCCCCUCCUGCUCCUAACCCCACAGCUACCUGAGGCUGCUCUGAGACAUAUACAGGAACACGUACGCUCCUCUCCCCUUCCCCUCCAUCCUCAUUUGAACUCCAGGUAUCUCUUCCUCUCUCUCCCCUGCAGAGGCUUAUAGGGAGCCGCAGGAGAUGAUUCUCACCAAAGUUACGUCCAGCUCUGUUGGCCCCUGGAGUAGCUGGAGGGGAGCCAACUCCCAGCAGCACAAACAAGCCCCCAGCCCCAGCAGUGUGCAGGCUGAUGAGGUGGUAUUAUUGUUUCCUCUUACGCCCUGCCUGACCAAGACAAGGGAGGUCAGCAGGAGAAAUGAUGAAUUUACGGCCCAGAUGGACCAAGAUGGGGGGAUGAACAAACACCCCACCCUGUGCCCUUUCGGCGAGCAGCAGCCCGGGGAUCACGAACACAGAAGGGACCACCCUGGGACUGACUGCUUUCUUGUGCGGCUGGUUCCCAAAGCCACAAAGAAAGAAGCAGGGAGCAGUGCCCCAGGGCGCCCCGGACACCUAUUUAUUUCCUUGUUUGUGCUGAUGCUGGGCAGGCUCUCACUUGUCCCUUUUAGGCACCUUGGAGGGGCAAGGGGCUGAGGAGGGCUGGACCCAGGUUGCAGGGGCACAGGCAGCGUGGGUUCUGGCUGUGUACAUAGGGUGCUUUAUUCUCCACAGAGUAAUACAUGCCAAGGUCGGUGGGGCUUGGGCCGAUGUCCCCAUAUGUACAGAACUGAAUAAAGUGGGUCUCUGAGAA